AUGGAGACUGAAAAAAUUCCAGCUUGUUUUAUUCUUGAGAAGGAGCUCUGGGGAGCAGCACCCGCCAGCCACCCGCGCCGCGUGGAGAACUUUGAGCAACUCUUGGGCGGCCGGGCCGGGCUCGGAAGCGGGGGAGAAAGAACAUUGGAGCUGUCCUGCCUGGAAGUGUGUUUACAGCCUAAUUUCACCAAUCCACAUUCCUCCUUAAAUUUUUCUUUUGUGACUUUUCUACAUCCAGCAAGGGAAACCCAGACUAUUAUGGGAAUGUUUCUAAAUCACUCCAAUUUCCAAAGCUUCACUGAGAAUUGCCAAGACAUCGCACAUGAAUUUAAAAUGUGUUCCUUAUGUUUGGUUUGUGAGUCCAAAGGAGACAUGGAUUUAAUUUCUCAGGAACAAACACCAAAAGGUCUUAUCAUGAAAGGAUCAAUGCGAGUGAAAGCAAACGAUGUUUAUUCACACUGUCAGAGUUUUAACUUCACUGUCACUCCUGUGGUUGAUCCCACAGAAGAAUACAAUGCUACCUGUACCUCCAGAGCCCUCCCUAGUAAAUCAACAACCGUGGCAGAAGAUUCAACCAGGGAAAAGUCUGUAAACCAUACUUGCAAGAUUAUGGCAAACACGAGCAACUGUACUCAGAUUUCUUUGUACCUAGAAAUUGAUGUAAAAAAUGUCACUUGUUCCAUGAGGAUCACUUGGUACAUUUUAGUGCUACUAGUUUUUAUAUUUUUUAUCAUCCUUGUUAUCCACAAAAUACUUGAAGAUCAUAGGAGACUCCAGACAUCUCAGAGUCAUAAAUAUGAAUCUGCAUCCGUUCUCUUAAAAGGAAGUGAUUCUGAGAAGCUUAGAGCACUGAACAUGCAGGUUAUUUCAGAGUCCACUCAAGGGCUGCCCUUGGUUAGGGCCAAGGAAAUGCUCCCCACAAUACCUGAAGUAGAAGUGACUUCUGCAGUGCUUCAGCAAGAGCAAUAUGCACAACUAUCUCCAGGGAACCUGGACUGACUGCUUUGAAGAAUACUGAGCACUUCCUUUUGAGAAUGAUUAGGCAGGUAAACAUUUCAGGCCAACUGAGGAUGCUCCAUAGGAGAGCAGUAGGAAUGCUUCUGGCUUGAUGACAACCAACUCCAGAGCCUUCAUGUGACCUUCAAACUCAAGGGAACAAGAGUGCUUCAAGGAGCUGUUAUGAGUCAUGGAAACAAGAUGAUGAAAUCCAUGGAAAGAGCAAGAGGUUGCAUAUUGCCUUUAUCAACAUCAUUAUCCAUCUCAGAGUAGACUAAACGUCUUCCUCUCGAGGAACCCCAAAUGGCCAAAGAUGAAAUUCCUCUCUCCCAUUGGGCCACACUAUAGGUGCUGAUUGGGUAAUUUUUUCUACACUGAUGGACUGUUUCUAUCUGGAAAGUUACUUAAGAGGGCUGCAUGUUUGUUUAUACAUUUAUUUGCAUUUAUAAAUCUUGCCUCUUUGAGGCAUGAGACUUUA